AUGCCAGUGUGGCGAUAACACUAGGCCGAAUAGUGUAACACGCUUACAUCGUGUCUGUUGAUCAUCGCGUGUUGUAAUUCUACGAAAAGUCUGUGCACAAUCUAUUUACCCAGGUUAUUUACGGAAAUCCUGCGAAAAUCAGAUUUACGAUUAAUUUUUCAAUAACCAAAAUGAAUCUCGCGCUAAGUUUUAUUACGUUAUUGUUUACGGAACAGCAGUUCGACUUUGAGGAGAUGCUUAAUGCGGUGACAAAGCGAAUCAUACGUGGACUAUUGUUUUGCCUCUAUUGCCUUAUGAGCCCGGUGAUACUCUAUCGAGCUCUAGGAUCACGGAAGCGAUGUUCACUUGUCCGCAACAAAUUGCUACUUCUGUCCGCCACUGACCUCGCCAGAAAGAUUCGCGAACAACAGAUCACAAGUGAGGAAGUCGUGACGGCCUAUAUCACAAGAUGCAGAGACGUGAAUCCCGUGAUCAACGCAAUCGUGGAAACGCGGUACGAUCUUGCCAUUCAAGAGGCUAGGGAAGCUGACAAGAUGAUACGCCUGGGUCACAAGAGCCUCGAUGAAAUCGCACGGGAUACUCCGCUUCUGGGGAUUCCCAUUACGGUCAAAGGGAGUAUUGCUGUGCAGGGUAUGAACCAUGCAGCCGGAAGGAAGUGGCCAGAGAUUCCACGAGCUUUGUGCGACGCGGAUGCGGUGCAAAGAGUGCGAGAGGCUGGAGGCAUUGUGCUUCUUGUGAGCAACACACCGGAAUUGUGCAUGUGCUGGGAGACAUACAACAAUGUGACUGGGAUGACCGUGAAUCCCUACGAUACAAGGAGAACGGCAGGUGGUUCAUCAGGGGGUGAGGCUGCCCUGCUCGGCUCCGCAGCAUCGCUUCUAAGUCUCUCCUCCGAUAUUGGAGGCUCAGCUCGACUUCCAGCCAUGUUUUGCGGAAUAUUUGGUCACAAACCUACACCAGGUUUCGUUUCAACGAAUGGGCACAUGCCAGGAUCAAACGAUAAAGCCUGGCCUAAUUUUUUCACCUUGGGACCAAUGGUCAGAUACGCUGAGGACUUGCCACUACUACUGAAGGCCAUGUGCCAAAGUAGCGGAUCAAAAUUAAAAUUGGACAAUAAGGUACCAUUGAGAGACAUAAAGUUCUUCUACAUGGAAGACGACUGCGGUUCUGGAGCAACAAGCUCUAUAGACCGAGAUAUAAAGCGAGCGAUUCGACGGCUGAUUGAACACCUCAAUUCCCUACAGGGUGUAAUGGUGCAAAAGGCAGAGUUGACGGACAUGAAGUACUCAUUCGAAGUGAUGGCCGCGAUUCUUUUGCACAUCGAUGGAGUUGAGAGCAUUUAUAGCAAGAAAUCGAAUCCCCAAGAGUGGAAAAGCGUCACUGUAGAGAUUCUGAAGUACCUUUGCCGCAUGUCCCCUCAUACGUUUCCCAGCAUAUUGUACGGGGUUCUCAAAAAGGUUAAUAAUGCAACGCCGCAGACCUAUUUCAAGAUGGUUGAAAAGAAUGCAGCCAUAAAGAAGCAGUUUGCGGACCUACUCGGUGAUAAUGGUGUUCUAAUCUAUCCUACAUUUGUGUCGGCCGCCCAUUAUCCCUACGAGAUAUACCACAAGGUCUGCAACGUAUCAUAUUUGGCAAUUUUCAACUCCCUCGGACUUCCAGUAACGCAAUGUCCUCUGGGGUUUAACAGAAACGGAUUACCGAUCGGUGUCCAGAUUGUUGCAAAUCCCGGAUGUGAUCACCUCACACUUUCCGUAGCGCGGGAAAUUGAAAGAGCAUUCGGCGGAUGGCAACAACCAACAACAGGCGAGAAAGUUUGACCAAUAAAACUGCAGGACCUUACAAUCCUUAGAUUUGGAUAAAAUUGGACAGAACUUUGAUGCUUACAUUUAAAUCGGUUGUUGAUAGCAUUAUCUAAGUAGAUUGAAUUUGUACCACACCAAGGGAAACGUUAUCAUUCAUCACGUGAACACUUCAUUCCUUGCUGAACAUUAAUUAAUGAUUGUACUAAGUUUGGUUCGAUUUCGUCCCUAAAAACCACUCGAAGCAAAGAUUCCCCAUUAAAGGCCGUGAAAAUGAAAAUAAACAAGUGGUUAAUUUGGCUAACCUUGAUGAGCCCAGCUUAGAAAUUUCUGCUGUGAUGCGUUUCAAGCCCAUAAAACAUUAAGUGAAAUUUUAUUCCUCACGUCAUUUAAAUAACUCAAAAAAUACAUGACGAAUAAAAUCCAAAAUUUAUUCAGUUCUAAGUGCAGCAAAGCACUGUUGAUUAAAGAUCAUUCAAACUCGGUCAUUCAUUUUAGAGAUAUCGAGGGACAGAAAAUCGAUUUCAAACACACGCACACCAAGCGUCAGUGCGAAAAUGAUUCACUAGACCUCAAACGUCGAUAUCUGGUGAAAACUCGAUUCAUUAUUUUCGAGGUGAUUUUAAUAAUUUUUUUAAUCUUUUUUUUUUUCAUUGAAAAUAGAAUGGCGGGAAGUUGAAAAGAAAAUGAAAAGCAAUGCGAAUCCUAUUGCAGCGAAUUUUCAGCUUACAGAAACAACUUUGAUGACAUUUUCAACUUGUAAUGUAAAAGUUCUCAAAUAUUUGAAAUCGUGUAACUCAUAUUCAUUGUGAACAAUUGAAGCAUGAGCAGUUAUUACUGACUAACAACUUCAACUAAGAAAAGUGAUAAAGGUAAUUAAACUAAGAGUAACAAUAACAAUUAAAGGAGUACAAAUAGAAAUUAAAAGUGAGAAACUUUUCGUAUCUUUACACAUGUAGUAACUAGCUUGCAUGGUAGUGCGAAGGAGUAAUCUAUUUUUUACAAUUUGGUAAAGAAAAGUGACAUUAAAGUUAUAAAUUUUAAAAGAAAACGUGAUUCAUAGUAAGGACAUAAACCAGUUAAAUCCUUGUCCAUAUGCGAUCAAGAGUUUAAUUUAUGUACAAAAUGUAAUAUUGAAAUAUUAA